AUGGCGGACCCUUCAAAGGCGGAAUCAGAGCAGAUCUUCAAGGUGCUGAGAUUGCAGAAAGGCAAUAAGAUGUGCUUUGAUUGUCAGGCUCGGAAUCCGACCUGGUCCAGUGUGACUUUUGGAGUUUAUAUCUGCCUAGACUGUUCUAGCGUCCAUAGAAAUAUGGGCGUACACAUAAGUUUUGUCCGAUCAACGAAUCUCGACAGCUGGCAGCUAAACCAACUUCGUACCAUGAAAGUAGGCGGUAACUCAUCAGCGACCGAAUUUUUUACGCGACACGGCGCCAUGACCCUUCUCAGCGAUUCCGACACCAAGAAGAAGUACUCAAGUCGUGCUGCUGAGCUAUACAAGGAAGAACUUGCGAGACGAGUGAAGGAAGAUGUUGCAAUGUUCCCUACACGCAUCGUGGUUGAUGGUGUCGAUGCCUCUCCUGUGAGCGCUGACGCUGCGCAAGGAGAGGAAGAUUUCUUCACUUCAUGGGAAAAGCCCGCUGCUCCGAAAACAACAUCUUCUUCGGCUCUCGUAUCUCCUCCUAUCAUUGGGCGGCCAGCAUCGACGGGUUCGGCCGCCUCUAGACCAGCUACAUCAUCUAGUUCCAUGCGAUCGAACUCUAGUACCUCUACAAAUGGUGCUGCUAAGCUCGGUGCAACGCGUUUAACGUCUUCUACUUCUGCGAUCGGUUCAUCAGCGACUUCCACGUCUCAGAAGAAAUCCAAGCUUGGUGGCCUUGGCGCGAGAAAAGCAGCCACGCCCAUAGAUUUCGCAGAAGCGGAACGCAAAGCUGCAGAGGAAGCUGAGCGUAUCAAGCAACUUGGCUAUGACAGACAACGUGAGGAGGAGGAAGAGCGCGCACAGAAAGAGGCGGAAAAGGUGACUGCAUCGCAGGCGAGGGUAAAGGCUGCCGGUGCUGUGCAGGUGAACGCGGUACAGGGCAAAGUCGACUUGCAGAAGGGCAAUAGCCAAGAUCUCGAGAGGCUGGGCAUGGGCUUCCGUAAGCUUGGCUUUGGUGCAGUUCCCGUCGCUUCACCUUCAUCCACUGCGAGAUCAAGUCCUGGCAUCGAUGACGCACCAACUACCGCACGAGACAAGUUUGGCAACCAAAAAGCCAUCUCCUCCGACAUGUACUUUGGCCGAAAGGAUUACGACCCUGCUUUUGUCUCUGAGUCUCAGUCUCGUUUACAGAACUUCCAAGGCGCCACAUCUAUCUCCUCUAGCCAAUACUUUGGUCGGGAAGAAGAAGAAGAGUUCGAGCGUGCUAGUUCAGAUGGCGGGAUGUUGGGCGAUGGCAGUCUUUCGAAUCUAGAAGUUGCUGCGAGAGAUGUCUUGUCAAGGGUCAUGGCGAAUCCUGACGUCCAGAACGUCGGGGAGAGCAUUCGAACCAAUGCAUUGAAGCUUUCGGAUUAUUUGGCGCAGAUGUCUCAGCAUUAA